AUGGUCAAUCUUCCACAUCCAUUCAGCGAGAUCCCUCGUCUCCAGUUGACCUAUGACCGGCCGGUAGACAUUGAACAGCUACACCGACUACCUGAGCAGGAGGGGACCAACGACGGGGCCAUCUAUAUCGCCCGUGAUGACUGUAACUCUGGUCUGGCGUUCGGAGGCAACAAGGUGCGAAAGUUAGAAUACGUCUUGGCGGACGCUAUCGAUCAAGGUGCGGAUACAAUAGUCACGACUGGCGGGACCCAGUCGAACCACAUGCGCCAGACCGCUGCGGCUGCGGCAAAGCUAGGUUUGAAAGUCGCCCUCUUCCCCGUCACUGCCGUUUCAUCAGAGGACCCGGAGUACAAGUACGCAGGAAACAUCCAGCUCAACUUCAUUCUCGGUGCCGAGACCUUCCCGCCAAACACGAGCAAAGAAGACGCCGUCACCGCCCUUGAGAGCCGCGGGCAGAAGCCAUACGUGAUCCCAGCGGGCGCAAGCACACACCCCCUCGGCGGCCUAGGCUACGCAAGAUGGGCCUUUGAGCUUCUCGAGUGGGAAGACAAACAUAGCACAAAUAUCAGGAACAUAGGAGUCGCGGUCGGCUCCGGAUCGACCCUGGGCGGCCUUGUCGCCGGCUUCAAGCUCGCGCAGCAGGUCGGCCGUGAUGGUGCGCGGAAGCGACUAGUCGGAUACUCGAUCCUGAGGAAGGCCGAGGACGACGUCGCACAGAUGGUGCUGGAUAUUGCGAGGACCACAGCGGAGAAGGUUGGGCUGGAUCCCAAGUUGAUCACGAGAAACGACUUUGAGAUCGAUUACGAGUACCUUGGAGGUUCGUACGGCCACCUUGAUGAGCGAACGGCGGAGGGCAUCAAGACAUUGGCUCGGACGGAGGGGAUCCUGACGGAUCCGGUUUAUACUGGCAAGGCAUUUACUGGUCUGCUGCAUACUGCCAAGGCGGGAGGGUUUAAUGGAAAGGCGACGCUGUUUCUGCAUACUGGCGGGCAGGCAGCUCUGAGUGCGUACCCGAAGCUGACGCAGUAA